CUUCACGUCUGCAAACUGAGGGAGGACAGAGGGACCACGGACUUUACCAGAGUUUCAUCAAACACAGUUCCCUUUCAAAGCUGGAUUUUUAAUUAAAAAAUCACUAAAAUGUUUCAAGGGUGGUCUCCUGCCCUGCACCUCGCCCUGCUGUGCUGCCUGGCUACUGCCCAGCGGGUAAUGGAGGAGCGAGGUUCAGGAAGUCACCUGGACCUGACAGAGUUAAUCGGCUCACCUCUCCCUCCGUAUGUCACCUUUACUUCCGGCUAUGACGGCCUUCGAGCCUACAGCUUCGAGCCUGAAGCCAACAUCGGCCGACUCACCAAAACCUUCGUUCCAGGGCCGUUCUACAGGGACUUUGCCAUCAUGGCCACGAUACGUCCAGCCAGCCCCAGAGGAGGCGUGCUGUUUGCCUUCACAGAUGCCCAUCAGAAGAUGGUGGAGCUGGGUUUGGCCCUGGGUCCUGUUCGUGGGGGCCUCCAGAGCAUCGUACUCUACUACACGGAGAGCAAGCAGGGCUCCCGCAGCAAUAAAGCUGCAAACUUCACCGUAUCAGACAUGACUGACCAGUGGACACGCUUCACAGUGGUGCUGGAGCACGACGAGGUGCGUCUCUACAUGGACUGUGCAGAUCCUGAGAUAAAGGCCUUCAGACGCAACCAAGAGAAACUCCGAUUCCCGCACAACUCUGGCAUUUUUGUUGCUAAUGCAGGAAAUACAGGGCUCACCAAGUUUGUGGGUUUGAUCCAGCAGCUGGUGAUAAAAGGUGAUCCGAGAGCAGUUGAGGAGCAGUGUGAAGACGACGACCCCUACGCCUCGGGGUACGCCAGUGGAGACGAUGACAGGGAGACGGAGGAGGACCCGGUGAGGAAGGAUGGCGCGUGGCUGGUGGACAACAGUACUCCAGUUAGAGCUCCACCCACUGAGGCUCCAGAGGUGGAGCUGGAAGAGUAUUCUGGUCACAUGACUCCAACAACAGAAAACCUCCUGAUAACAGGGCCACACCAGACAGAGGAGCCAGGAGAGAGACCAGGAGACGGUCACAUCAGGCCUGGGUUCAAAGGAGAGCCCGGUGAUCCUGGCUCACCCGGUCCACGUGGUCCCCCAGGGCCGCCCUCCAUACUGGAUGAGACAACGCUUGGAUCACCUGGGCCACAGGGAUCACCAGGAAUCCCUGGACCCACAGGAGCACCAGGGAGAGAUGGCCAGAAGGGAAGCAAAGGAGACAAAGGAGAGUCGGGUCAUAGAGGAUCUCAGGGGACUCCGGGUUUGAGCGGAGAAACUGGAGCUAAAGGAGACAAGGGAGACCGUGGAGUUGGGUCACCAGGGCCCCCUGGCCUGCCCGGACCCCCUGGACCCCCCAGAUCACGCAGCGUACCUUAUGGACCAGAUGCCCUGGGCUCUGGGUUUGAAGACCUGGACAGCGAUAAUGAACUUAUUAGGGGUCCUCCUGGUCCACCGGGGCCUCCAGGACUUCCUGGGCCUCCUGGUACCCAUCCUUCAACAGAACCGUCAUCUGGCUAUACUGGACCACCUGGUUCUCCUGGUAAAGAUGGACUCCCGGGUACUCGUGGAAUACCAAUGAUUGAGGAUCUGUUUAGUGGGUCUGGGCCUGACGAUUCAGUUUUGAGCUCAGAGCUGACCUCUGUCCUCAUCUCAGAACUUGGAUCCGGUUUCGACUCUGAUUUCAGUUCUGACUCUGGUUCUGGUUCUGGUUCUGAGCUUGGGUUUGAGUCUGCUUUGGGUUCUGGCGAGGGUCUAGCAGGACCGAUUGGGACUCCAGGUCAUCCCGGGGCUGUCGGAGAGAAGGGUGACCAAGGCCUUCCUGGGCCACCGGGACCAAAGGGAGACAGCGGGUCUGAGGGAGCAGCAGGAAGCCCUGGAUCACAGGGGCCUAUUGGCCCACACGGGCCUCAGGGGCCAGCAGGCCCACCGGGACUCCCUGGUCCUCCUGGACCUGCGGGAACCAAAUUCUUUGCAGAGGACAUGGAAGGAUCUGGAAAGAGUGACAUGCUAAUUGGAACUGGAGUCAGGGGUCCACAGGGUCCUCCUGGAAUACCUGGGCCACUCGGACCACCGGGCGAGGAUGGGACCCCAGGAGCUCCAGGGCUCUCCGUCAAGGGCGAAGCAGGGGAGCGAGGACCAGAGGGAGUGGCUGGUCCAGCUGGACUUCCAGGUGCUAGGGGAGCCAAGGGAGAUAAAGGAAAGACAGGAUCCAAGGGGGAUCAAGGGGCUGACGGAGUCGGCACCACAGGACUGCCUGGGCCUCCUGGACUUCCUGGACCUGCUAUUAAUCUUCAUGAUUUGAUCUUGAAUGCUACAGAAGGCAUCUUCAACAUCACAGAGAUCAGAGGACCUCCGGGAGCUAUGGGCCCUGAAGGCUUGCCUGGCAGAGCUGGAUUUCCAGGCCCCAGGGGACCAAAGGGAGAGCUAGGCAAUCCAGGUGUUCAAGGGCCAGCAGGAGUCAAGGGGGAAAAGGGAGAAGCAGGAGUGACCAUUGCUGCUGAUGGAUCUAUCGUGGCUGCUCCCAGAGGCCCUAAGGGUCCCAGAGGCCGAAAGGGCGAUCGUGGUUUACCAGGACCCGUUGGACGCUUGGGACCAGGCGGAGCUGUUGGCCAAAAAGGAGAAUACGGUUUCCCUGGACGCCCAGGACGACCCGGUAUGGCUGGGAGGAAAGGUGACAGAGGGGAUUCUGUUAGCCAGCCGGGACCUCCAGGUCCUCCUGGACCUCCUGGUCCACCAGGAAAAAUUACUGGACUUAAUGGGGAGUCAGUGAUGGUGGGGGAUUCCUCGAGACUGAAAGGAGACAAAGGAGAGGAAGGAAUGCCUGGUGAGCCCGGGACACCAGCCCCCACCUUUCCUGACGGGAUUGUGGGGCCUAAAGGUGAUCCGGGAUUCAAGGGUGCAAAGGGAGAAAAAGGCACCCUGGGCCCCGCUGGUCCUCCAGGGCAGCCAGGACGGUCGGGACUUGUGGGUCCAAAAGGUGAGUCGGUUGUUGGUCCUCCAGGUCCAGAAGGUUCUCCAGGUCAGCCUGGAGCUUCAGCGUUCGGACGACCUGGACCCCGAGGCCCCCCAGGCCCCCCUGGGGCCACUGGAGCGUCAGCUGCCUAUGGAUCAACGGUCUCCCUGGCCGGUCCUCCCGGUCCUCCUGGUCCACCAGGAUCUCCUGGUUAUCCCCAACCGGUGAUGACCUAUAAGACAGUUCAUGAUCUCACCCGGGAGACCCAGCGUGCUGUUGAGGGAACGCUGGUGUACGUGGCUGAGAGGGAUGGAGAGCUCUACAUCAGAACGCUCAGCGGCUGGCGCAAGAUCCCGCUGGGAGAGUUGAUCCCUAAUGGAGCUGCCUCAUCAGAGGCCUCUCAGGCCUUCAGCAGACCUGGAGAUUGGACUCAAGCACAGAGGCCCCACAGCCAGGAGUUGCUUGAAGGGAGCAGAGGAUAUCAGCCCAGCUACAACAUCCUGCCCCAGACCAUGAGCGCUGUACCUGGGCUCCACUUGGUUGCCCUGAAUGCCCCACUCAAGGGGGACAUGCGUGGCAUCCGGGGGGCAGAUUUCCAGUGCUACCAGCAGGCGCGCUCCGCGGGGCUCACCUCCACCUACAGGGCCUUCCUGUCCUCACAUCUGCAGGACCUGGCAACCAUUGUGAGGAAGUCGGACCGUAAUGACUUACCCGUGGUCAAUCUGAAGGGUGAAGCGUUGUUCAGCAGCUGGAUGUCCAUCUUCUCUGGGAAUGGAGGAAUGUUUGACCCGUCCACACCCAUCUACUCCUUUGACGGACGCAACGUGAUGACCGACCCAACGUGGCCAGAGAAGAUGGUGUGGCACGGCUCCAGCAUCGUGGGCAUCCGUCUGACCAACAACUACUGCGAGGCGUGGAGGACGGCCGACAUGGCGGUGACGGGCCAGGCGGCGCUGGUGCAGACGGGGCGGCUGCUGGGGCAGCACGCCCGCUCCUGCUCCAACCACUACAUCGUGUUGUGUAUAGAGAACACUUACGUGGGCAACACGCAUCCAAGGAGGACCUGAGGAGCUGCACCAAACACACACAUGCAGGCGUGCUGGGGGGAGACGGUGUGAUACCGGGGUGGGGAACACAUAGGGGCACAUAUGAAACAACCACGCCUUCACACACGGGACAACUGGCACAAGUUCCUUUGAUUUUGUUUUGCUCUCACGUUUAUCUCCACCUGAGCUCAGGUGUGACGGCACCUCACACUCUUGCCACACGUCCGUCCGUCUGUCCGUCCACACAUCGUCACAGAACGGUGAGGUUUAUUUGCAGCAUUUUUAUGCUGAUUUUAUUACUUUACAGUCAGGAUAUUUCUCAAGUACAGAAAUAUAACAUACGUGAAAGGUGAACUUCUGUGAAAUAGACAGCAAAAGCACUGGCAUGAUUCAAUAAGUCACUGUUUUUUUUCAAGAUUACACUUGCACGAUGGUUUCUGUUUCAACACUGGCAAUUCACUGUUUCUGUUACUAUCAGCAAAUCCCAUGAAAGUCAGGUUUUUAUUACUAUGGGGCACAAAUACGUCCACACUUUGACACCCCCGUCUGAAUCCUGUCACUAAUCACUUCAUUAAGGAUCAUCUUUACAAGACAAUUUCAGCGAAAAUGUGGCAAUUUGAAGCCGUUGUCCUCUGAACUUUAGUCCUGCUGCUCACUGAUCUGCAUUAACUUCACCGUUAACACUUGUGCUUCAUAGCGUUAGAGUCGUAAUCAAAGUGUGAUUUUCAUUAAUUUAUGCAACAGCAAGACCUAGUGUGAAAACAUAAUCUGAUAAUGUUGUACGACGUUGGAACAUGUAUAUAUAUUCUAAAUGUGUGAUGUUAUUGUCUAAAUGUUUUUUAUUUUUUACUCUGAGGUAGUUUUAUACAAAGCGCACUAAAUAACCGAGGAGAUCCUCCCACCAGAUUUUGAUUUGAGUCGUUUUUGCUUGUAAAGAUGAAUGUUAGUUUUUCUGCUGACUGAUUAUAUGUUUCUGUUAAAACAAAACUUGACUUUAUGACGAAAAAAAAGCAAAAAAAAAGGUUUGUACUGACUUAUUGGUGCUCACUGAAUAAAGUGUCCUAUUUUUUUUUUAA